AUGAGCCCCAGGCAGUCAUACAUCCGAAAGUAUAUGGCAAAAGCCAGCAUUACAGAUACCAGUUUGCGCGACAUUCUGGAUGCGAAGGAUGAUGAUAGCGAUAGUAUGGACUCGUACCUGACCUCAGAUGGCUCAGAUCAGUCAAGUAUGCCAGAGUGGGAUUUCGACUCAAACUUCUCGGACAUAGACCCGGACACUGGUGCCAACGUGCGGGAUUUGGAGGACGAUCCGAUGGAAAGUCGCAUGUUCCCUUCUCUUGCAGCCCAGCGUUCCCAAACACCAGGUUUGUUUAACGAAAGCCUGGACAAGGGACCCCAAGUCGCAUGGAAGGUUUUCGCCCUUCCUCUACGCCGCCAAGAUAUCCGGGACUUUCUCAAGCGCCACUGCCAGGAGCGAUAUCGAUCCAAGUGUCCCCCUCCCGUCGACCACCAUACGUUUGCUCUCGUAUUCCGCGAAUACUUUCCACCUCAAAUCAGUCGGGUGGCGUACAUUCGAAUUCCCAGUGGUGACGGAACCUCUACGCCAGAGAUCAAACUGUUUGCUCUUGUGUUAGGAUCGAACGCAACGAUGGAAGACCUUGAGAAGACGGAGAACGAGGAACUUGCACUGAAAGCUCGGGAAAUACUUAACGUGAGCACACCCUUCGGAUGGUAUUUUGUUGUCUCAGGCGAAUUUGCCACACGGAAGUACGGGAGUUCAUGGUAG